UAAAGCGGGGGGCGGAGGGGGGGGGGUAGGCGGAGGCUCGCGCACAGGUGAAGCUCUCCCUCCUGCUCGCAGCGCAGAAGCGCUAAGAGGUAGAGGCUGGACCGUUGUCCGGGGCAUUCUGCACAACAUGAGGACUGGAGGGGGCGGACAGCAGAAUCUUGGGGAGGGGUCCGGGGACUGGACCAGGCCUGCAAGGAGCUUCUCAUCAACUACCUCGCCCACCCAGCAAAGGCCUCAGGCUUGCGGCUCAGUCGCUCCGCUCCGAGGAAGUGAAACCAAGAAGUAUCCCCUCCUUGGGAGACUCUGCCCCUUCAGAGAGUAAAGCCCACAGGGCAGAUCAGUCACUACCUGGGCGCUGCGCAGGGAAGCACCCACGAGGUUUACUAGACCAGUGCCAGUGGGAAGAACAAAGAGACCCCAGAACAGCACAGCCACCGCAAGGCAGCCUGAGCAGGGACCACCAGGCCGACCAGGAUGAGAUGUCCUUGGCCCCGGCGCCCAGAGGUGGGCCUGGCUGUAACCCUCAGCAUCUUCACCCUCUUCUUCCUCAGUCUGCGCAUGUCAUCGUCCCCCUUGCAGAGCCUGAAGGAGCCCUGGGCCCACCCCAUGGCUCUGAGCUGGCCCUCUCCACCCUCUCAGCCCUCCCAUCGCCCACUGCCCGCCCCCUGCAAGCCCAACGCCUCCACCCAGCCGCCCGCCCCCUGCGGGGCCAACACCUCCAUGGCCGCCCUGCCCAACUUCAAGGGGCAGCCGCAGCACGUGCGUGACUUCCUGCUGUACAGACACUGCCGUGACUUCCCACUGCUGCAGGACGUGCCUCUGGACAAGUGCACGAAGCCCGUCUUCCUGCUGCUGGUGAUCAAGUCCUCACCCAGGAAUUACGAGCGGCGGGAGCUGGUGCGGCGCACUUGGGGUCGCGAGCGCCGGGUGCGAGGCGUCGAGCUGCGCCGCAUCUUCCUGGUGGGCACGGCCCCCAACCCGCUGGAGGCUCGCAAGGUCAACCGGCUGCUGGAGAUGGAGGCGCGGGUGCACGGUGACAUCCUGCAGUGGGACUUCCACGACUCCUUCUUCAACCUCACACUCAAACAGGUACUCUUCCUACAGUGGCAGGAGACACGGUGCACCAAUGCCAGCUUCCUGCUCAAUGGGGAUGAUGACGUCUUUGCACACACAGACAACAUGGUCUCCUACCUUCAGGACCAUAACCCCGACCACCACCUCUUUGUGGGGCAUCUGAUCCACAGUGUGGGCCCCAUCCGGCUUCCCUGGAGCAAGUACUACGUGCCAACAGUGGUGACUGAGGAGAAGCUGUACCCUCCCUACUGUGGGGGGGGCGGCUUCCUGCUCUCCCGCUUCACGGCCGCUGCCCUGCGCCGGGCCGCCCACACCCUGGACCUCUUCCCUAUCGAUGAUGUCUUCCUGGGCAUGUGCCUGAAGCAGGAGGGGCUGAAACCCGCCUCCCACAGCGGGAUCCGCACAGCUGGCAUUGCUGUUCCCUCGGCCGACGUAUCCUCCUUUGACCCCUGCUUCUACCGGGACCUGCUGCUGGUACACCGCUUCUUGCCAUAUGAGAUGCUGCUCAUGUGGGAUGCCCUGAGCCAGCCCAACCUCACCUGCGGCCCACAAGUGCGGGUCUACUGAGGUGGGACCGACCCGCUGCCUGCAGGUUCUGGUCUCCACCCCCCACCGGAAGGAGCCACCGCAUCUUCCUCCCAGGAACCAGAAAGCUCUGUUCUCCUAAGUGGGCCAGGCAUCUCGGAGUGCCAGGGCCGGUCUGAUGAGGGAACGGUCUAGCUGGCAAACUCCUAGACAUCUUUCAGAACCCACCCGGUACUCGAACCCGUGUUCAUUAUAUCCUCCCUCGCCUCUUGCCUAAAGGGGGACGGUCUCUUUCCACGGCAGCCAACUGCAGAGUGCAUGUGAGUCAAGUUUCCAUUUCCCAGCUCCGACCUUGAUCGUGGGGUGAACCUUAAAUGGCAGCCGACCCCCUCCUUGAACCAUGUAAACCCUCAGUGGUUUAAUGGUAGGUGAGUUCCAGCCAUGGUUCAAGGUCAGUUGGGAACUCCUAGGUCCAUGUACAGCCGAAGUGAGAAGGAUUUGGCAGCUUGGGAAAGGGAAAGUGGUUUUGUUCUCUCCCGGGUCCCCGGGUCUCCACCCACCUCAGACCUCAGAGAGUGGAAGGGGCCAGAGAGCCCACGGGCGGGACCACCCCCUCCCUGCUAGUGCUGUCAGGCACUCUAAUGGUGGAAAUGUCCCGCGCAGGAGGCACAUGGCUGUCUGACUCAGGCUAGGAAAGCUCAGAGUUUCUGGAGUCCCCGAGAGGGCCCAGCCUCCAUACUCCUCCCCAAGAAUUCAGGGAACGAUGCUAGAGCCAGAGAUCAGCACACACAGUCACCCCAAUGACCAGAGAAUGGGGAGAUUCAGGUCCUUGGAUGUCUCUGAGCUCUGGGGACCCAGGGCUGGCCCCCACCCCAGGAUGUCAGAUUGGGGGGAUCCAAGAAGAAUAUUGAUGCCACCCCCUCCCCCAGGCUCUGGGCGGAUGUCUGGGGCUCCAGCCUCGUAGGCUUUGGAGUCUUGCUUGGGAUGGAGGAAAGGGGUACCUCAGCAGAGUGAGGACUGGGAAGCGGGUUAUCCGGGAAUAAAAUGUUUUGUGAAGACCCAAA